AUGGCAAACGUCUGGUAUGAAUAUUUAAACCACCCGCUUGCAGCCGUUGCGGCCGUGCUCCUACCCUAUCCAACCAAAUCCGCGACAAACUGUCCGCCACCUCCCACUGCUCACCUCACCUCUGCUCCGCUGUCCACCGCGCGGGCACUCCCAUCCCUCUCGCUCCCCAUGUUCGCCGCUUCCACCGCCACCGCCACCAUCCGCCUCUUCUUGCCGCGCCCGGCCGCCGCCUGCCACCCCCUCCUCCUCCCACGCCGUCGCCCCCGCCACCGCUGCGCCGUCGAUGCCAGCAGCUCCGCCAAGGAGCCGCCCAGGACGCUGUUCCCCGGCGGCUUCAAGCGGCCGGAGAUCCAGGUCCCGGCGCUCGUCCUUCGCGUUGGCGUCGACGAGGCGCUCGGGACCGGCGACGCGGUGGCCGCCGCCGUGGCGCGGGGCGUGGGGAUCGUCGUGCUCGAGGCCGGGGAGGAGGGCGGCGGCCGCGCGUACGAGGCCGCUCGCGCGCUCAAGGCGGCGGUCGGGGACCGCGCCUACCUGCUGAUCGCGGAGCGAGUCGACGUCGCCUCGGCGGUCGGGGCCAGCGGCGUCGUGCUAGCCGACGAUGGCAUUCCUGCUAUUGUUGCAAGGAGUAUGAUGAUGAAAUCCAACUCCGACUCCAUAUAUCUCCCUCUUGUCGCUAGAACUAUACGGUCUUCGGACUCUGCAAGAAGCGCUACAAGUUCUGAAGGGGCUGAUUUUCUUAUCGUAAAUACGGGGACCGAUGACUUCUCGGCUGUUUUUGAUGAUGCUGGUGCCCAGCAUGUGAAGAUUCCAGUUUUCUUCACUUUAAACGAUGUACAAAGUGAAGGGUCGUAUUCCGAUACCACAUCCAAGCUGCUCCAGUCAGGCGCUUCUGGAGUUGUUCUGUCUUUGGCUGGCAUCCAACAUCUCGGUGACAAUAUCAUAGAAAGGGAUUUCAUUAAAGUGGGUGCCGCUGAUAGUGUACCACAAGUCACUUACUCUUCUUCCAGUACGCUGGAAGAAACAAAUAAUGUAAUGGUCCUAACCCGUGAGAAGACAAAAAUUGCUGGAUUUACCAAACUGGAUGAAAGAGUGAUGCAGCUAAUAGCGAUGGAAAAGCCUAUUCUCAGUGAAGCUGUUGCUGUUAUCCGCAAGGCAGCACCAAUGAUGGAAGAGGCGGAACUUCUAGUUGAUGCUGCUUCACGCCUGAGUGAGCCAUUUUUGUUGGUUAUUGUGGGAGAAUUUAACUCGGGAAAAUCAACUUUCAUAAAUGCUCUACUUGGAAGGAAGUAUCUUCAGGAAGGAGUUGUACCCACGACAAAUGAGAUCACACUGCUGUCGUAUUCAGAGGUUGAUUCUGAAAGCAUAGAACGUUGUGAGAGGCACCCAGAUGGUCAAUUCACAUGCUAUUUAUCGGCUCCAAUUUUAAAGGAGAUGAACCUAGUCGAUACACCAGGAACAAAUGUUAUUCUCCAGAGGCAACAGCGACUCACUGAAGAAUACGUGCCACGAGCUGACUUAAUACUCUUUGUCCUUUCAUCAGAUAGACCAUUGACUGAGAGUGAGGUCGGAUUUCUCCAGUAUGUCCAGCAGUGGAAGAAGAAAGUUGUAUUUGUUCUAAACAAAUUGGACCUCUAUCGGAACAGUGACGAGCUUGAAGAGGCCAGUUUCUUUAUCAAGGAAAAUGCAAGAAAAUUGCUCAACACCGAGGAUGUAACACUGUUUCCUGUAUCUUCACGUUCUGCUCUGGAAGUCAAACUUUCAUAUUCAAAAAACAAUGGUAGAGAGCAUUAUGGGGAAGUUUUGUCAAGUGAUCCUAGAUGGAGAAGCAGCAAGUUCUAUGAUCUUGAGCAUUACCUAUUGAGCUUUUUAGAUGGAUCAACAGAUAAUGGGAAGGAAAGGGUCCGGCUGAAACUUGAAACACCAAUUGGAAUUGCAGACCGUUUGCUAACUUCAUGUCAAAGACUUGUGAAACUAGAAUAUGAAAAGGCUAUUGAUGACUUGACAUCCAUCAGAGAUCUUGUUUCUGGUGCAAAAAACUAUGCUGAGAAAAUUGAGGCUGACAGCUAUUCCUGGCAGAAGCAGAUUUCAUCUCUUAUCGAGAGAGCAAAAAGUCGAGCUAUAACCCUCAUGGAAUCUACGCUUCAGUUGUCAAAUAUUGACCUUAUUUUUACAUACAUGCUUACGGGAGAAAAAGGCCCUUCCGCCAAAGCCACAUCAUUUGUUCAAAAUGAUAUUCUGAGUCCUGCCCUCGAUGAUGCAGUCGAUUUACUGAGUGAAUAUUCAACAUGGUUGAGUUCUAGCAAUACCCGUGAAGCAAAUUUGUAUCUGGAAUGUUUCCACGAAAGAUGGGAUUCAUUGAUUACUCAGGAAGAAAGGCUCCCAUCAGAUCCAAAUGGGCUUGUUAAUGAGGGAGAGAAACUCAGCAUCAAGGCACUGAAUGGUUUCAGUGCUAGUGCUGCUGCUAAGGUUUUCGAAGAAGAAAUUCGUGCAGUGGCUACAGGAACUUUUGGAGGGCUUGGUGUCGCUGGACUGUCAGCAUCUCUUUUAACCUCUGUUCUGACAACUACGCUCGAAGAUCUACUUGCUCUUGCUCUUUGCUCAGCUGGCGGAUUUUUUGCAAUAUCUAACUUCCCUGGUCGACGGAAACUUGCGGUAGAGAAGGUCAGCAAGGCUGCGGAUGAACUAUCUCGUAAAGUUGAUGAAGCUAUUCAGAAGGAUAUAUCUCAGAGUGCUAGCAAGCUUGUCCAAUUUGUCGACGUUGCCAGUAAACCAUACCAGGAUGCGUGCCAGCGAAAAAUAGAUUGGCUGCAGGGUGUUCAGAGUGAGUUGUCUGAUGGCGAGCGUAAGCUCCAAAGUUUGAAAGUCGACAUCCAAAAUCUCCAUGGAUUAUAACAGCAUUACGUUUUUGUUGACGUUUUCUUUGUUUGUUUGCACUUACACGCGCUCAUCAAUUUUUUUUGGUGUUGUACUGUGAUGAUGCUGGUGUAGGGCAGUUGUUGUAGGAUAGAUAUGUGUGUAGUAUAUAUAUGUUGUACUUUCCAACCAAAUGCCACAAGUUCAGUGAAGCACAGAGGGCCUGCACACGAGCUGUGUAAAUUGUAAUGGACCACAUCGGUACCCUACUGCUCUAUGGAAAUGUUAGAAAUCAGUCUGUUAUUAAUGUCAA